CUAGCUACUUGCAUGCAGGAGUUAUCAAUCUUUGUAAAUAAGAUACAUUGUUCUUGUUCUGUAUUGCAUUUUAGUUGCAGAAAUUGUUAUUAGUAAGACACCUAACUUUCCUGGAGCCGCCGCUUGCAAAGGUGUCAUAGAAUCAAGUCACUGUGUUCAUUGAACUAAUAUGAAAACCAAACGUGAUUGUAUGUAACUUUGUAAACUUUGUGUCAGUGCAAUAAAGUUAUUGUAUUCUGGGGCCAGAGUCACCCUCUCUCUGUUGAGGUUACUUCCUGUGCUGCUGGCAGCAGUGUUGAUGUCAAAACACUUCUUCAAGGAAUCCUCCAACAGAGCACAGAGAGAGUGACAGAGAAAUGAGCAAAUUCCAUUCAGAUAGUUUUCAAUUGUUGCCAGGUAACCAUAAGGUGCAGCCAAGAGAAAUGAGCCUGUACAACCACUGCUCAUGUAUAUAUAGCAGAGCAGCAUGCAAGACACAAACAAAGCUACUACAGACAAAUACGUAGAUCUGCAGAAACAGAAUCCGGAAAGAACAUCCACUGUGAGUCUUGGGUAUUAUCCUGAGCAGUCUCCAUUACACUCUUAUGGACCUCAGUGGAACCGAGGCUCAUAUUCUCAUGGUGGGUCUCGAUGCAGCUGGGAAGACCACAGUUCUGUACAGGCUGAAGCUGAAUGAAACGGUCUCCACUAUCCCUACAUUUGGAUACAUUGUGGAAACGAUUGAGCCCAUUUGUAAUGAGUCCUUCACUGUCUGGGAUGUUGGUGGCCACGAAAAGAUUAGACCACUGUGGAGACAUUACUCUCAGAACAGACAUGGACUGAUCUUUGUGGUAGACAGUGCUGACUGGGAGAGAUUUCCUGAAGCAAAGAGUGAGCUUGAAGCAAUUCUUGAAAAUGAUGAUAUGAGAGGGGUCCCACUUUUGGUGAUGGCCAAUAAGCAGGACCUUCCAGGUGCCAGGAAAACACUGGACGUAGCCGAGGCACUGGGACUGAUGAAGAUACAGGGUCACCAAUGGCAUAUCCAGGGAUGCUGUGCUGCAACAGGGGAUGGAUUGGUGGAGGGGCUAGAGAUCUUCACCAACAUGGUGAAACAAUUCAGAAGCCAUACUGAGUUGGGAGUAAGAGCAUCUUGUCUGACUUGAGUGCAUGCUCAAGGAAAACUCAGGUCUGCAUUUUGGCAAACAGCACAAGCUGUGAGUAAAUUUAAAUAACUGACUGGUGGCAAUUAAAAGAGUGCAAAAACAUUAAAAAUAAAUAAAUAAAAAAAAUUACCUUUCCGCUCAAACUGACUUUUCUAACUGCUGAAAAUCUACAUUGAAAGGUGAUGGAAUGGGAAACGGAACUCUCAAAUUUGGUUCACAGUUUGGACUAAUUUAACUUUCAAACACUUUGUUGGCAGAAACUUUUGCCAGAGAUUUAGGAGAAUGAAGCAUAAAUUGAAUGAUUCUAUAGAAAGUGCAUAACAAUGUUAUACCGUGUGCCAUAUUUUUCAUAUAAUGUUGCAUUAAAUUGUUAAUUUUACAAAUAAAAUCUAUAAAUGUUUCCACAAAGAAAAUUAUUUUUUUAAGAUUUUUUUGUUAUAACACACAAUGCACUUUAUCUAUAAGAUGUUCAUAUAACAAAUACCUGUUGGUAAAUGAAAAACAGUUGCUAAUAUAUAUUCACUAAACAGUUGGUAAAUGUUGUUACAUGGAAAAAG